AUGAAACCCACCUCGUCGGACCAGCCGGACGAUGACCAGCUGAUGCUGGACGCCAAAGGCCAAAUCUCACGCCAUCCGCUUCAGUAUCCUCCAUAUCGUGAGCCGUCUUUCGAGGUGGCUGUGGAAAUUGGGAUCAAUAUUGCACGAGUCAUCGUCGAUCUCUUGAAGAAGUGCCCCCAAACACUUCCAGAACAGCUACUUCGGGACGCAAUCGACCUGGCAAGCUUUCGUAGUCGGACGGAGAAGCUUGUCGGGUUUGUCGGCGAUUCGGGCGCUGGAAAAUCCACCUCCCUCAACUCUAUCAUGGAUCAGCCGGGUCUUGCGAAGACGGAAGCGAACGGCACUGCUGUGACACCUUUCGCCGCUGCGUAUGCCUUUCAGCAGAUCGAACAGCAAGCUCCAUUCACUCUUGAAUGUAGCUUCAUGAACUCCGCAGAGCUCGGUAAAUACAUUGCAGAUCUACUUCUGGACUUUCGCCGGUACGAUUUCGCGACGCCGCAGGAGCUCCAACAUAGCGUCGAAGUUCUACAGAAUGAUCGUGAUGCAGCAAAGGCCGUUUUUGAGGCAGCCUUUGACGGGAUGGAGGAUUUCGAUCUCGAAAAACUCGAGUAUGAGGACAAUGAGGAAAGCAGAGAACAAGCCUUAGAUUACCUACAGGGUUACAUCCAGGCACUCGACUUCCCAGAAGAGAUGCACGCGGAUUACACUUGGAAGCACGAAUCUAUGGAUGCGGAUGAUUGCCAGGAACAACAGUCGCUGCUCAUCGAUCGCGGUCUUUGGCCAUUCGUGAAGGAUCUACGCAUCUCUGCCGAUAUUGAUAUCCUCAGCCGCGGAUUGACUCUGAUCGAUCUCCCCGGUUUCAAAGACAUCAAUGUCGCUAGAGUGAGAGCCGCAAGAAGAGCAAUGUCAAGAUGCGACGAGUUUUGCCUUGUGGUCAGAAUCGAUCGUGUUGUCGACGAUCCCAUUGUGCUGGAAUUCCUUAAAGGAAUGAGGGAGCGUGCAGACGCCUGUGGCAAUUCUGGCUUCAACCUAACGAUCGUCUGCACUCGUAGUGCAGAUCUAUCAAACCGACGGAGUCUCGAGAAAAUGGCUAACAUGGCAGAUGUACGACGUGCUCAAGCUGAAAUCAAACGAGUGAAACAAAGCCAAGACAACAUGAGAGGGGGCGAAUACGUCAAGGCACUGAAGCAAGCCGAUUUCAAGCUGGAGUCGCUCAUGAUCAAAGCGCGCAACGAGAAGGUGACAGGCAAACUCAAGCAAAAGUACGAUUCGUGGGUUGGCACAGGCGCACUCAAGGUAUUCUGCAUCGACAAUGUGUACUAUGAACAGACCGAGUUCCACGAAGGCAGAGAGCUCAGCGGAAUGGAUGCGCUUCGUCGUGGCCUAGAGCAAAUUUCUGCGGAAUCUUUGUUCAAAGACAAAGAUCUUUUCAUCCGGAAAAAUGUGACUGCUUUGAUUGGGUCGUUCGAAACCUGGAUGGAAUCAAGCAGGGUCAACCUUGGAGUCAAGAACACCCCACUUCUCCCAGAGGUAGAUGAUUUGAGAAGGACCAAGAACGCGUUACUUGAAUGGGAGAUUGAUAUGCGACAGGCAUUCAAGGACUGCGUUGUUCUGCCACUGGAUGAAGCUACCGCGCAGAUUUGCUUGACCUGUCUGGAGGUGGCAAAGCAAUGGGAUGACUGGCACUGGAAUUCGAAGCGUACCUUUGCCGCAAACAACGGGAAUCAUUCUACCAAAGGAGCUGGUCUGCAUGACUGGAACAGUGAGCUUCUGGCGUGCUUCAGAGCAGUCACCGCCGAAGGCUGGAGCAAGUUCACCGUUAGAGAGAAACGACUCCUCAGUGCCCUUGACGGGAAGAUCAUCGAACCCUGGAGAUCAUACAGCGAAAAGUGUCAGCAGCUCGAAGCCCCUGCGAAUUUUUUAAGCUCACUUUCAGCGAGACAUGAUCUUUUGAGGGCGGAGAUUCCUUACACAAAGGUCCUCUAUAUCAAGGAAAUGGAGAGACUCAUAGCCAAUGCAAAUACAGCUGGCCCGGGAUCCGAUAUUGUUGACUGCAUGCUUGAAACGUACGCAGAUAUGAAGCAGCUUCGUGGACCUGGUGUGGGCGAAGCAUUGAGUACCACGCUGCUUGAUCGUGUCUCAAGUGACAGGUUCGUGAAGGACUAUCGGUCAAGAUUGACCGAACAGUUCAAGUGGACAAUGAAGAAAGCCACAAGCAAGAUUCGACAAACACUUCAUACCGCUUUCGACAACACGGAAAGUGAUCUUACAGCAAUCCAGGGAAGAAGUGGCGAGGCACGGUUGUUCAAAGCUUUCCCGCUGUAUGAGCAGGAAUGUGCAAGCGUUGCGUCGAAGAUCAGAAAACAGGCCGAGGAGCUGGACGAUCUUGCUGCUGAAGCACGGAAAAUGGCUAAGGAACAGUAUGGCUAUUGUGGACUUGCAGAGAUCUGA